AUGCGUCUUUACGAGUCCGUUUUAAACGGUGAUGUUGCUCACCACCCAGCCUACGACGACAAGUCAAUCGCAGUGGUUGGACUUUCUUGCCGCUUUCCGGGAGAUGCAACCAAUCCUGAGCAAUUCUGGGAGUUACUAUGCAAAGGAAGAUCUGCAAUUUCACAUAUCCCGCGGGACAGGUGGAAUAGCGAUGGCUUUUAUUGUGCAAGUAAAGGCAGGCAGAACACGAGCAUCACCAAUCGAGCGCAUUUUCUCAAAGAAGAUGUCUCAGUAUUUGAUGCCAAAUUCUUCUCCAUAACUCAGCAAGAGGCAGCUAGUAUGGAUCCACAACAGCGGCUAAUGCUGGAAGUGUCUUACGAAGCAUUUGAAAAUGCCGGUGUUACUUUGGAUAAGUUGGCCAAGAGCAAAACCGGGUUUCUCUCUCCAGACGGGUUGUGUAAGGCAUUUGAUGCUUCAGCUGACGGCUACGGUCGGGGCGAAGGAUUCGCAGCUCUGGUUCUUAAGCCAGUCGAGAAAGCCAUUAGAGAUGGUGAUACUAUUCGAGCCAUCAUUCGAGGCUCUGCAACUAACCAGGACGGCAAGACAAGAAGCAUGACAAUGCCGAAUGGUGAAGCUCAAGAAGAGCUUAUUCGUGAAGCGUAUCGCUCUGCGGGACUUGACUUCAAAGAUACUUCUUAUUUCGAAGCACAUAUCGGACAUCUUGAAUCAGUGGCCGGCUUAGCCGGUAUUAUUAAGUCUAUACAGAUAUUGGAACAUGGUUUGAUACCACCUAGCCUGCAUUUUCAUAAUCCCAAUCCUCGCAUUCCUUUCAAGGAGUGGCGGAUUUCUGUUCCUACGGAAGAAGUUUCUUGGCCAGAAGAAGGAAUCCGACGCAUCAGCGUCAAUUCUUUUGGCUUUGGUGGAUCUAACGCACAUAUUAUCCUCGACGAUGCAUAUCACUACCUCUCCGCAAGAGGUAUCAAGGCUCCUCAUAACACUAUCCCAACGUCUCCAAAAGGGCGAGAAGUGCUCCGUUCACAUAAGGAAGACUCUUCUCCGUCUUUGCCAUACAUGAUGAUUUUGAGCUCUUCGGACCAGAGUGGUCUGACACGUCAACGACAAACUCUUCUCAAAUACUUGAAGGAUAAUGCGCAGAUUAGACAUGAGUCAGGCCAAGAAUUUCUCCGCGACUUGGCUUUCACUUUGAGUGAAAGACGGUCUCGCUUGCCCUGGAAGACAGCUUUUAUGGCUUCGACUGUGUCUGAACUUACACGGGCACUGGAAGCUUCGACGUCACUCGAGGUCCGAUCAAAUAGUGAACCUCGGCUAGCAUUCAUAUUUACAGGCCAGGGUGCGCAAUGGGCCGGUAUGGGCAUAGAGCUUCUGCAAUAUCGCAUUUUUCGUGAAAGUGUUGAGAGUGCAGAGCGGUAUCUUAGGAAAAUCGGCUGUCCAUGGUCCGUUAUGGAGGAACUGCAACGAGAAGAUGCGAUAUCCAACAUCAACCAACCGCUUUAUAGCCAAACUAUAUGUACCGUCUUGCAAGUUGCUAUUGUUCAACUGCUUACAUCUUGGAACAUUACUCCUCGCUCAGUUGUGGGCCACUCAAGCGGAGAGAUCGCGGCCGCCUACGCAAUCGGUGCCAUAUCACAAGAAGAUGCGUGGAAAGUGGCCUACUGGAGAGGUAAACUCUCGUCAGAGUUGCUGAAGUCAUCUCCGGACUUAACAGGUUCAAUGAUGGCUGUCGGAGCAUCGGCAGAACAAGCACAAAAGUGGCUCGAUGAGCUGACCGAGGGGAAAUGCGUUGUGGCUUGUGUCAAUUCUCCAUCGAGCGUCACAAUUUCGGGAGACGAGGCAGGCAUUGACGAGUUGGCAGCGAAGCUCAAGGAGCGCGAAAUUUUUGCAAGAAAACUCAAAGUCGACACUGCCUAUCACUCUCAUCACAUGCUGGCUGUCAAAGAUCCAUACACUAAAGCUCUGGCAAAUAUGAAGACAAAACAAGGGCCACCAAAUGGGCCACAAAUGUUCACUUCGGUGACGGGACACAUCAUCAGCGCUAAAGAACUUGGGCCAUCACACUGGGUUACAAACUUGACAUCUCCUGUUUUAUUUUCUGAUGCGGUGCGAGAACUGCUACGAUAUAAAAGCCGUGAAGAUCAGAAUCAUGGCUGUUCUGUUGACAUUAUGGUCGAAAUUGGGCCACAUUCGGCGCUUCAAGGACCUAUCCGUCAGAUACUGAGCGGCUUUGGUGCUCUCAACACAGAAUAUCGUUCAGUGAUGUCCAGAGGCAAAAAUGCCGUCGAUACUAUGUUGACUGCUGUUUGCGAUUUGGUGUCUCGCAAUUUACCUGCAGAUAUCCUUGCCAUCAAUACCUGCAAUGAUGAUUAUACAGCCUCUUUCAACAGUCCUCCGGCUCCGAUAGUGACUCUUCCGUCGUACGCUUGGAACAAGACAAAGUCAUAUUGGAAUGAAUCUCGUCUUACACGGCAAAUCAAACAGAGAUCAUCACCGCGGCUUAGUCUGAUAGGUGCUCCAUUACCAUCUUUUGCCCAACUUGAGAAACAGUGGAGAGGAUUUGUACGGAUUGCAGAAGAGCCUUGGUUACGUGACCACAAAAUACAGGGCUCGAUUCAAUAUCCGACGGCAAGCUACAUCGCUAUGGCGUUAGAAGCGGCGAGUCAGGUGGCAGAUAAAGGUCGCGCUGUCAAUCGAUAUAAGCUCCGAGACAUACAAAUUCGUGAUAGCAUUACUAUAGACGAAGGUUCUCAGACGGAGUUCAUUACGCGGCUGCGAGCUUCUGCUUCCGACGCCACGACUUUGAGUGAAGGAUGGCUAGAGUUUAGCAUUACUUCCAGCGGCUCCGAUGACUCUCUACAACUUCAUUGUUCAGGUCUUUUGGAUAUCGAAUACGGCGAUUCAACAGGUGCGGCAGUGAGCACAGAAAGCACACAUGACGAGCAGGCCAUGAGAGACCUUUAUCUCUUGGCGGAAGAAGAAUGCCAAGUUUCACAAGAUACGGAAACUUUCUAUCAGGACUUUCAAUCUGUUGGUCUUGAAUAUGGCCCUUCAUUCCAAAGUCUAAGAGAUAUUCGCUAUGAUACGCGCGGACAAAGCUACUGUACUAUUGAGAUAGUCAAUCACGGCUCGACUCCAGCGGCUCUGCCAGCAGCCAGACCUCACGUUAUUCACACCACUACCCUGAACGGCACGAUUCAAGCUGCUGUUGCUGCCUUCAAGGGGGAUGACGGUAAUAUUAAAGGAUCGUUAACCGAAAGCUAUGUCGAGGAAAUUGUGGUGAAAGCAGAUAUUCCUUUCGAAGCUGGUGCUCGCUUCAAAGGGUGUGCGAAAAUAUCACAACAGUGUUCCUCAGAAGCCGUCUCCAAUAUCUUUAUGCUCGAUGAAGGGACUGAUCAGCGAGUGAUCAGCAUCAAAGGUUUACGCUUCGUUGUUGAAGUUGUCAGUCGGACGUUGCAGAGAGACGGUGACUCGACUUCCCUUCGAGAGAGCCCGUUCACUUGCAAAAUGGACUGGAUACCGGCAUUUGACUUAUUAUCGUCUGGUAAAAAGCAGGAAAUGCUUGAUCAGAUUCAUAAGCCGGAUGAUGCAGAAGUACAACAUCUCAUGAAAGAGCAGCAGACUGCACAUGUCGCGAUCAGAGAAGCUAUAGAAAAGGCUAACGGGAUGCGGAUUCCCAACUUACAGCUUCGGAAUUUUGCCAAGUGGAUGAAACAGCAGCUAAAUACUUCUUCAUUGCCUCUUGAAAAAGAUUUAUUCGCAGAUAACAAACUUAGCAAAUCGCUGACAGAGGUUCUAUGCGCUUCAGUCGAUCCCGAGAGUCUCCUUGGGACUGAGAAAAGCGUGGACAAGAUUAUUGACUCGCUACGUGGCAUGCGCGUUUCACAAACCAAGUUAAUCAAGAUCGUGGCUAUAAUGGCACAAAUUAAGCCGAAUCUUGCCAUAUUAGAGCUUGGCGCCGACUAUACAUCUCCAUUCCUUGCUUCGGCCAGAGACAUCCCAGAUACAGUGAACUAUACCUAUGCAUGCCCUAGCGCCAUAGGCCUUCAAGAGGUCAAAGAUUUAACCCAAACAUUCCUAAUACCAAGUCAGCUUAAAGUUCUGAACAUCGAUCUCGAUGUUAGGAAGCAAGGAUUUGAGCCAUCUUCUUACGACAUAAUCAUUGGAUGCAAUGUAUUUUCAAACUCCAAAAGUCUUCAAAGAACAAUGGCAAACUUGAAGGGUCUGCUAAAAGAUGGUGGAAAGAUAUGUAUAGCCGAAUUAACAAAUCCGGGAUCAACUGUACUGCCUGUCUUAGGCGGCAUAUACGAAUGGUGGAAGAAGCGUGACGACGGUUCAAGUCGGCCCCUAAAGCUUGACUCUAUUCAGAGUGUAUUCAAUGAUCAUCAGUUUGGCAUUGACUUCAUCUCUUCCGACUUUGAUGCAUCACCGCUGCAUCAAACCUCUGUGUUAGUCGCGUCAGCUACAAGACCCAAAGAUGAGGUCACGAUUCUGCAGACACCAAACUGUUCAAAAGCAGCUCAAGAGCUUGCUUCUAAAGUCUCACAACUACUACAAAACGACGGUAUCUCAAGUCAAGUUUGCGCUUGGGGGUCUGACAACAUUGACCAUAAAGGCAAGAGAUUCAUCGCUCUUGUAGAAUUUGAGCUUCCCUUCUUGGAAAAUUUGACGCAGCGUGAUUUCGAAAUCUUAAAGAGACUUGCGACCGAGGCCUCAAGCUUGCAAUGGGUUACUGCACUCCCGGACCCUGAACGUUCUUCUGCGCUCGGGUUCGCGCGUGUUGUUCGCAACGAAAUUCCUGCAAUUCGGUUUCAGACUCUCCAGCUGGACACUGGUUGUGCCACAAUGCUAGAUCGAGCCGCAGCUUUGAUUCAUCAGGUAGAGAGUUCAACAACGACAGAAAAUGAAUUCAGAGAGAUUGAUGGAGUCUUGCAUGUCCCACGGGUUGUUGAAAAUCGAGAAUUAAAUGAACGGCUGUCACAAAAGAGUCCAGAUCUGGAUACUGUUGAAUUAAUGCCUCUUGGCUCGACAACUGGUUCACAGAAGCUUUUUAUCCGCAAUGAUGGAGUUUCAGAAUCUCCAUAUUUUGAAGCUGACGAGCUACGAAACAAUGAGUUGGACGAAUAUGAGAUCGAAAUAGGUACAAAAGCAAGCGCAUUGAGUCGCCGAGAUGUUAUAGCUCGAACAGGCCCAGCCUCCGAUGCGGCACUAGAGCUAGAAGCCAGCGGCAUCGUUCUUCGCGUGGGUGAUCAGGUUACUCAGUUUCAAGCGGGCGAUUUCGUCUUCGCUUUAGCUCCCGGAACGCAUAGAACUGUCCUCCGGACCAGGGCCAGCAUGUGCCAGAGGAUUCCUACAGGUUUCAAUUUUGAAGACGUUGCUUGCUUAUCCCUAGUGAACUGUACUGCUUAUCAUGCUCUCAUGAAUAUCGUGUGUAUUCGAGAAGGGCAGUCUAUCCUUAUCCAUGAUGCCGCAAGCAAUUUCGGGCAAGCCGCGGUGCAGUUGGCCAAGCAUAAAGACCUGGAUAUCUUUGCAACUAUCAGGUCUGCUAGCGAAAGAGAUCUGCUCAAGGACUUGUACAACAUUGCCAACGAUCGCAUUUUUGCCUUACGCGACUCAAACUUCUCGAACUCCAUACUCCGUAUGACCAACGGCACUGGCGCUGACUACAUACUCAAUUCUGUUGUUAGAGAACAAUUACAGGAGACAUGGAACUGCUUGGCAUCUUGUGGAACAUAUUUGGAAAUCUCGAGCAAGGAUGCUUCAAGAAGCAUGUUACGAGAGAUGCGACCACCGCUCAAAGAUUACAUAUUUGCUUCCGUUAAUAUGGGGCACAUACAAAGCCAACGCCCAGAGAUCAUGGCGGGCAUCUUGCGGAACACUUUCGAGUUUAUGGAACAAGGCAUAAUUAAACCCGCCACCCCUGUACCCGUAUAUCCAGUAUCUCAAAUUGAGAGAGCGAUGGACUUGAUGAAAUCCGCGGAGAACCUAGAGAAUAUUGCUCUCUCUUUCUCUCCAGAUGACCUAAUUCCUGUGUUAUGCAAACCGAAAAGGAUAUCUUUGAAGCUAUCUGGGGAGUCGACCUAUUUGAUCGUUGGAGGUCUCGGUGAUCUCGGACGAAGUCUUGCGCGCUUCCUAGUUGACUCUGGCGCACGACAUAUUUGCUUCAUUUCUCGCAGUGGAACGGUCCAAGACGUGCAGAAGCAGCUUGUCACCGAUCUCACAAGCAGUGGAGUUGACGUACGAGUCUACAAAUGUGAUAUUGCCAGCUUCUCGGCUUUGGAAGACACGCUCGCACUUUGUUCUCGAGAGAUGCCACCCAUCUCCGGCGUUAUUCACUCUGCACUUGUACUCCGCGACGCCAUCCUUCACAAUAUGACUUACACACAGUGGGUUGAGGCGGUGGGUCCCAAGCUUCAGGGCAGUCGGAAUCUGAAUGAACUACUGCCUCGCAAUCUCGACUUCUUCGUUGCUCUGGGGUCUUUUAUAAGCGUUAUUGGUGGUCGUAGUCAAAGCAAUUACGCUCUUGGCGGCGCAUACCAAGAUGGCCUGGCUGACUUCCGUCGCUCUCUUGGCCUGCGAGCUGUUACUAUCAAUCUCGGGGUUAUAAAGGACAUUGGAAUCAUCGCGAGAAAUGGGGCUGUUGGCGCUGCUCGUGACUGGGCAGAAGCUUUCGGUCUUGAUGAGAAUGAGUUACACACUCUCGUUGAGCAUGCUAUCAGCGUGCAGCAAACUGAGAGCAGCUCUUCCACACCGGCCCAGAUUAUCACGGGUAUUCCAACUAUCGGCAUGGUGAAGCAAGCUGGAAUCCCACGGCCAUAUUACUUUGACGAUCCUAAAUUCAGCAUACUAGCCUCAAUGGGAGCGAAGCAGACUUCUUUGACUGCUGAGAGAGAGGAUAUACAGCCAUCAUCGUUGUCCUUAGGGGUACAGCUCAAAGGCGUCACAAGCAUAGCCGAAGCUUCCAAGCUGGUACUGAAUGCUUUGGUUGCCGAGGUGGCCAAACUGAUGCAAGUGGACACUGGAGAAAUUGAUACAAACAAAGCGCUCUACUCCCAUGGCGUAGACUCGCUGGUUGCGGUUGAUAUGGCACACUGGAUCAAGAAAGAAAUCGGGGCCGACGUUGUUCUGUCGGACAUUACGGCUACGAUUCCUAUUACGAGUUUUGCGAAAGAUAUCACAGCCAAGAAGUCGGUGAGCAGUGAUUGUAGAAUGCAGCGCAUAAUUUCGUCAGAAUUCUUCAACUUUGAGUAUCUUCGUGUACUCGGCACGUCUCCCUUUCAAGGUGCCGAGGUGGGAGAGUGUUUGGAAGCGGCUCAUAAGAUUAGAAGUAAUGAUCCUGAGAGCUGGUAUCGUGCUUGGUCCGAAGCUGCUCUGAAAAGCGAGGAAAUAGCGGAAACCGCAUUGCGAACUGGAGAUCGUGAAGCAGCUCGAUGGGCUUUUCUGCGUUCAUCCAACUAUCGUCGAGCCAGCGAGUUCCUACUACACCACAAUCCUGAAGAUACGCGCCUGUCAUCAACAAUCAGCCAGUCUAUUAGCAACUUCAAGAAGGCAUGCCAGCUCUUUGAUGAUCCGGUUCAUUUUCUUGAAAUACCCUACGAAAAUGGUGCUACGCUACCUGCUUAUCUUUUCAUGCCAACAUCUGCAUCAAAACUCCCUGGGAAAACACCCGUUGUUAUUAGCACAGGAGGAUUUGACUCGACACAAGAAGAGCUUUAUUAUUUUACAGCCUCUGGUGCGAGGACAAGGGGAUAUGCAACCCUUUCCUUCGAAGGACCGGGCCAGGGUAUUGUUGUUCGCCGCGACAAACUUCAUCUACGACCAGACUGGGAAUUUGUUGUUGGGCAUGUUUUAGACCAUCUUGAACGGAUAGUCGGCGAACACCCUGAAUGGAACCUAGAUCUGUCGCGGGUAGCUAUCGCAGGCGCAUCCAUGGGCGGCUAUUUUGCGUUACGCGGAGCACUCGAUCCACGGGUAUCCGCCUGCAUCUCCAUUGAUGGAUUCUAUGACUUGGCUGGUUUAACGAGAGCUCGCGUAUCGGGGCCCCUGAUGACGGCCAUAGAGGAGCAGUACAUCCCAGAUCACAUAUUCAACACGCUGCUCUGGAUAGUUCUUGCGCUUGAUUUCCAGAAGCAGUGGGAGCUGGGCCACGCGAGAUUAGCGACGGGAAUCCCAUCGCCUGCAGCAGCAAUGCGCACCUGGAAGAACUACAGCAUGGCGCUGCCUGAUGGCGGGACACGCCUGAGUCAGAUCAAGUGCCCUGUAUUGGUGACGGGAUCCCGUGAUACUAUGUAUAUUCCGGUAGAGGCAGGGCCACAGCGAAUUUACAGCGAGUUGACGAGCAUCAGCGGCAGCGAGAAGAAACACGAGCUAUGGAUUCCCUCCAGUCCAGGCCAAGGCUCACUGCAGGCGAAAGUAGCAGCUCUAGCAGCGCUGCAUACCAAAACCUUUAGCUGGCUUGACGAUGUAUUCGGGAUACAGAGGGAAUCAAUCACGGUCCGAGAUUAA